GAUAUGUAAUUUGAUAGUGAAUCUGGAAUGAUCCAUUGAAAAAAGAGUGAAGAUCCAUUACUUGGAACUCUUGUUGUUGGCUUGUGGGGGUGCCACCAAGCAGCAGAACCAUGAUUUUUGGGGGUGCUGUUUGUGGGUAUGGACAUAAUAUUUGGUUCCAUGCUUUCGAACCAUGCUUUUGUGCCGUGGCUGUCUGAUUUUUGCAGGGCACCCUUUGGCUGUGAACGUGACCUGUGAUUUGAUGGUGAAUUCAGGGUGACGUAACACAGAAAUUGUAACGAUCUGUGCUUUGGAAUUAUGUUUUUGCACCAUCGCAGCAUCCCGAGGCAGUGGAUUCAGGAUUUUUGGGUGCUGCCUGUGGAAAAGAAGCCUGUCUUCAUACCCACGUAAGGAAAGGAAUCUUUUCACAGUCAGAGGCGGCCCACUAAAAGAAAAAAAUGGAAGAACAGGACCUAGCAGGACCUGAACUUGGAAAGAGAGCAAGGAAAGACCCCAAUCCCAUCCAAGCUGGGAGUGUUGUUGUGUUCUGGGAGAGAGCUGUGCCAGAGGUCUGGGAUCAGGAGACCCUGAACUCAGAAGUACUUUGCCGACGCUUCCGGCAGUUCCAAUACCAUGAUGCUGAGGGCCCCCGAGAGGUUUGCAGCCAGCUCCAUGGACUUUGCAGUCAUUGGCUGAAGCCAGAGAGGCACUCCAAGAAGCAGAUCCUGGACCUGGUGAUCCUGGAGCAGUUUCUGACCGUCCUGCCCCACGAAAUGCAGCGCUGGGUCAGAGGAUGUGGGCCGGAGACCAGUUCCCAAGCGGUGGCCCUGGCCGAAGGUUUCCUCCUGAGUCAGGCAGAGGAGAAGAGGCUGGCAGAACAGAGGUUGGGUUUAUCCGUGAAGAUGGAAGCUCCGUUGGAGGAAAGGCACCUGGGCCAGGCCCAAGAAUGUCCCCAAGAUAUCCUCUCACAUGGCAGUGAAGAAGCAGUGUUGAUCUGUUCUGUUCGUGGAGGUGUGAAAACAGAUGCUGACCCUCCAGUCCAGUCUCUGGUGUCUUUUGAGGAGGUGGCCAUCUCUUUCACAGAGGCAGAGUUGGCACUGCUAGAUCCAGACCAAAGAGCUCUUUAUGAAGAUGUUAUGCUGGAAAACUAUGGGAGCGUGGCUUCUCUGGAAAAUAUCUGCUGUGGAGAUGAGACAAUGAACGCAAAUUGUUUUGAUACUCCUGAAAG